UCCUCUUUAGCUGACAGCUAAUCAGACACCACCCGACCAACUCCGGAACACACGGGACUUAUUUUCUGCUGGGGUGUGUUCAAACCCCGAGCUCAUUCCUACAUAUGGCUCAUCCAUGAGUGAGAUGGCGUCACGUGUGGUCACGAGUCAGUGGUCUUGCAAUGAACGAGUCGUUCUCACAGAUCCUUCUGCCCGCCAACGUGAAAUUUGAGACGUUAAUCGUGCGAGGCGACGUGCAGCGGGAACCCACUACGACGACUACGUGCAAAUUCAUCGAUUGUUCGGCUACAGAUCUGUAUCUUCAUAUAAACACCCAUUCUGCCCAUCAUGUCAGUCUCGGUACUUUUUGAAUGGCCACCUGGACUUCCGAAUAGAACAGGUGCGUUGUAUGUCUGGUGGUCAAAGGAAUUUUUUCCAGCAAGUUAUAGACAAUAUAAAACAAGAACUCAACAAAAAUAAAGAGAUGAAGGAAAGUUUGAAAAAGUUUAGAGAGGAGAGGCAAAAGCUCGAAGAAUCAGAGGCAUUGAAGAAAGCUCGUCAGAAAUUUGAAAACAUUGAAGCUGAAACUGCCUCCUUAAAGAAGGCUCUUGGGGGAAUCAAAGAAAAGGUGUCAGAGACUGUUGAGGAACUUCAGAAGACAGAGGUAAUAAAAAAGGGUCGAGAGAUAACAGAGGAGCUUGGCAAGACAGCUGGCAGGGCAGCGGAAACUUUGUCAAAGUCUGGCCAACAAAUCACACAAACUUCUGCUUACAAGUCUGUUUCACAGGGUGUGAAAGCAGUGAAAGAAGAGUUUGAUGAUGUGACACUGUCGAAGGCCAGAGUGUACCGAGCACCAGAGAAACUAAAGAAAAGAAAAGAGCUGUCCAGAAUAGUACGAGAAGACCGACACCUGGAAGAAAAUAAGGAAGCGAUGGGUAUGGUACUGCAUAAAGAUUCCAGGUUUUAUCAGAGCUGGCAGAAUUUUAAAGACAACAAUCAGUAUGUUACAAAGUUGUUCGACUUGAAAGUGAAAUAUGAUGAGAGUGACAACAUUAUGAUUCGCACUACAAGAGCCUUCACAGACAAACUGAGCCAGAUGUUUGGUGGCUUGUUUACAAAAACAGAAAUGUCAGAGGUAUUGACAGAGGUUUGCAAAGUUGAUCCCACUUUCAACAAAGAGGCCUUUGUCAGGAUCUGUGAGCGAGAUAUCAUUCCAAAUAUUCUAGAGGCAUUGAUUCGUGGAGACCUGGAAAUUUUGCAGGACUGGUGCCAUGAAGCACCAUUUAACACACUUGCUCAUCCUAUCAAGCAAGCUUUGGCUGCAGGAUAUCGGUUCGACUCUAAAGUUCUGGAUAUCAGCAAUGUUGAUGUGAUGGCUGGUAAACUGAUGGAACAAGGACCUGUUCUUGUGAUCAGCUUUCAUGCUCAGCAAAUUAUGUCUGUGCGAGACUCGAAAGGAGCCAUUGUAGAAGGAGAUAAGGACAAGACUUUACGAGUAAUGUAUGUAUGGGCAUUGUGUCGUGAUCAGGAGGAACUAGAUCCAAUAGCAGCUUGGAAGUUGAUGGACAUAUCUGCCAGCACGUCAGAACAGUGGUUAUAAUGACUAGCCAUUGUAGAUAAGAUGUAUAUAGCACAUGUUUUGAGUCUUUGACUGGCACAAACAUGGUCUGAAUAAAGCAGCAACAGCCAGUAUGAGAAGCACAUUUCCAUUCAUCCCCAAAAAGUAUUUAAAAAUAAUUGAAAGUAGAUGAAUGUAGUAUCCUGUGGCUUCAAUCUUACAAAGACACCGCUUGCUAGAGCAAACAAGAGCAUUUAGCUUUGCACUGAGUAGCAGACAUUUUUCAUGGUCAUGUACCCUGACCAGUAAAGAGACAAAAGAUGGGUUCUUUUUCUUACUAGCUCAAUGGUGUUUGUGUAGAUUCAUGGAAUGGCAUGCUGCUGUGAUAACUCUGUGGCACAGUGUAAGAUGAGAACCAAAAAAAACAGAUUACACAACAAUUUGCCUACGAAACAGCAAAAUUCAUUGUUCUUAUUCCUAUGUGCUUCCUAAAGAGAAUCUGAUGGUACUGAUCAAUUUUUAAUUUUACAACAGAAAUAAAUGCAGUCUAUCCAGCCUG